CAAAAAAACCCUUGUUUUACUCUAGUAGACAUUACAUGUACAUGAACACUCGUUAAAUGGUCGCCAGGACCCUUACUAUGUCUUUCCAGUAGAUUUCCGUGCCACUAGGCUAUAUCAACAUCUUUAUACAAAAAACAACGCGCCACGACUGAAGCGCGCAUUCUCUCAUCGACGACUACAGCUUCCCAGCUCUCAGCCAAGCAUGUGGGGGUUCUCAUAUUGGGUCUUCCCCGUCAUCUCGGGCCUCACAUGGCUCGGCAUGUUAAUCGCCAUGCUGGCCGUCUGGACCACCUCCGGCCGCCCACACUACCCUUCCAUGGACCCGCGCCAAAGAAUCGCCUACAUCUCUGACGUCGGCGCGCAAGGCCUCAAGCCCCUCUUCAUCGCCGGCUCAGUCGUCAUGACCGUCUUCCUCGACCUCUCGCUAGUAGCGGAGCGCUGGCUACGACAUCGUGGAAGGCUGGCGCGCAAUCUCACUAUUAAGGAGAAGGCGUUUAUGUUUCUGUCGAUGUUGGGGGCGUUGGUGGGGACGGUGGGGUUGAUCUGUUUGAGUAUCUUGGAUACGCUGCGGCAUCCACAUAUGCAUAAUCGGUUUCUCGUCGUGUUUAUGGUGGGAUACGUGGUUUCGGCUAUCUUUAUCUGCGCGGAGUACCAGCGCUUGGGGAUUCAUUUCCGCGAGCAUCGUGUGCUGAGGGCGUCGUUUUGGAUUAAGCUCUCCUUUAUUCUCAUCGAGGUCGCCUUGGCUAUAGCAUUCGGUGUGGAGAGCAGGAAAGACAAUUUCGACACGGCGGCCGUCCUUGAAUGGACCAUCGCCUUUAUCUUCACAUUUUACAUUCUCUCCUUCUUCAUCGACUUGAUCCCGGCUGUGCGCACCAAGGAGCGCGUUAGCGAGGAGACGGUUCUGCAGAUGGAGGCUAAUGACUCGCAUGCGCUUAUGCACGAGGAUGAGGCGCGUUUGCAUCAGGCGCAGUAUGAUGGCCCGAAUUAUCGCGGGGAUGGAAGCCGACUUGGACAGAACUUUUGAGUGAGGGGGCUUGGAUAAAGGGGGUUAAUUUGGAGGUGCGUUGUUUUAGCAACACUGUAGUCGGGCCUAUGCAGCGUGGAGGUAAGUAAACCGGAUGGCGCGAGCGGAAGGCUAUUUCAUUAUCACUUCAAGUGUGUCUUGGAAACGAGGGAGCGAGUGUUUAGUUAGAGCGGGCGUAACUAGCCGUCGGCGCUCAGAGGUCGAACAUUGUAAUAUAGAUAUAGGGGUUAGAAGGCAUUAGAAUCACAAGAAAUAGACCAUCCAUACGGAAAC